CCCCUGCCCGCAGAGUGCUGCUCGCCGUGGCUGCAGUCAGUUACCUGCUCCGCGCGGCGAGCACGUGCGGGGGCCGACGGACGCCCCAGCUUCUCGGGAGGCCAGUGCCCCUGGCCCACAGGUGCCGAGAUUGUGGGCAGACUAAGCGGCCGCUGCGGAGGGGGAAGAGGAGGGAUCGGCACUCUCCAGCGGCGGCGGCGCGGCGACUCGGCUAGGCGGAGUUUCGCGGCGGCUGCGCCCGUCUUUGGCUCGCGGGCGAGGAGGGCGCCCUGUCCAGCCCGGCGACCGCGAGUCCGACUCGGGGCGUCCGCAAGGCGUCCAGACAGCGAGCGCACACUCCGGACCCGCUGUGCUACACCGGCAGCAUUCAGCCAGCAUGGAGAAGGACAGCCUGAGCCGUGCCGACCAGCAGUAUGAGUGCGUGGCGGAGAUAGGCGAGGGCGCCUACGGGAAGGUGUUCAAGGCCCGCGACCUGAAGAACGGCGGCCGCUUCGUGGCUCUAAAGCGCGUGCGGGUGCAGACCGGAGAGGAGGGCAUGCCGCUCUCCACCAUCCGCGAGGUGGCGGUGCUGAGGCACCUGGAGACCUUUGAGCACCCCAACGUGGUCAGGUUGUUUGAUGUGUGCACUGUGUCACGAACAGACAGAGAAACCAAACUUACACUAGUGUUUGAGCACGUUGACCAAGACUUGACCACCUACUUGGAUAAAGUUCCGGAGCCUGGAGUGCCCACAGAAACCAUAAAGGAUAUGAUGUUUCAGCUUCUCCGAGGUCUGGACUUUCUUCAUUCUCAUCGAGUAGUGCAUCGUGACUUGAAACCACAGAAUAUCCUAGUGACCAGCAGCGGACAAAUCAAACUGGCUGACUUCGGCCUUGCCCGCAUCUAUAGUUUUCAAAUGGCCCUGACGUCAGUGGUUGUUACACUGUGGUACCGAGCCCCAGAAGUCUUGCUCCAGUCCAGCUACGCCACGCCCGUGGAUCUCUGGAGUGUCGGCUGCAUAUUUGCAGAGAUGUUUCGCAGAAAGCCUCUUUUUCGUGGAAGUUCAGAUGUGGAUCAACUAGGAAAAAUCUUGGACGUGAUUGGACUUCCUGGAGAAGAAGACUGGCCCAGGGAUGUUGCUCUUCCCAGACAGGCUUUCCAAUCCAAAUCUGCCCAACCCAUUGAGAAAUUUGUGACAGAUAUUGACGAAUUAGGCAAAGACCUACUUCUGAAAUGCUUGACAUUUAAUCCAGCGAAAAGAAUAUCUGCCUAUGGCGCCCUGAAUCACCCGUACUUCCAAGACCUGGAGAGGUACAAGGACAACCUGCACUCCCACCUGUCAUCCAGCCAGACCACCUCGGAGCUGAACACAGCCUGAGGUUCGUGGUCAUCUAAACAUGUCAGUGGUUGAUGAGUCUCCUGAGAAAGCCUUGCAGAGCUGUUGAAGAAACUCGCUGGGGGCCUUCCAGAUGCCGGCUUCUGAAUGGGCUCUGCUUCACCAAGGAGACCACCUAGUUUACUGUUCCAAAAUCAAUGCAAGAGCGAUUGCCGCUUUGUGUUUGUUCACCUGUUUGUUGUCUGUCUGUUUGAAGAACCUGGAAAACUUCCAGAUGAAGAGAAGCUGCUGACCCAUUGUGCUGCCAUUUCAUUUUCUAACCUUGAGUGCUGCCCACUGUGGGAUGGUAAUCUAGGUCCAGCUGAGUUAUGACAUCAUCUCUGCAGCACUGGACCUGCUUUGGUACGGGGGGGGGGGGGGGGGGAGGUUCCUGAUCUUGUAAAGUGUUAACUUUUUGUAGACGACAAGAAUUGAAUUUUAGAGACUAAGGUGAGGACUUAGUACAGUGAAGGUGACUGAGCAGUUUUUUUCUCUCCAGUUAGAAAGGUGAGCCUAUGUCCUCAGCAUUUCCUUUCUGUCCAAAAGCUUUUGCUAGCUGUAAACGAUAAAGUUUUGGACACCACAAAAAUGAGAAAGUAAAAGGGAGGGGAAAAAUCUAAAGAGACUUUUUCCAAGCAUGCAUUCUUCUGUUUGCUCUUUGGAAAGCUGAAUUUACUUGUCCUAAGUCCUAUGUAUAGUACAGUACCCAAUUCUUUUUCUGGGGAAAGGCCCUAUAAGCAUUUUAUUGCUUGCAAUAGAUUUAGGGACUGUACUUCAAAUAGGUUUUAAAGAUAAAGAAAGCCUAAAUUUCCUGGUUUGAAAUGUUAUUUCCUUUGCAUUUCUUGUUAUUUUGUUCUUUGUUUUAGAGAGUUGCUCCCUUCUCUGGUUUGGACAUGGUUCUGACUAGAGACAGGAGUGCCAUGUGGUUCUCUCCACCUACCAGCCCAUACUUUCCACCGUGCAUUUGCCUCGUUCUGAUUUGUUUGUACAGUGCCCACCUUCUCCAUCGCCAGCAUAUCUAACACAUGUUCCUACCAUGCCUAGCUGAGGACAGAUUGCCUAGCUGCCCACACCUGUCUGCCUGCCCACUGUCUGUCACUGAGUGCUUUGCUACCAGCCUUGUUCAUGGCUCACGGCUGCAGUUCUGCCAUCCUAAGAGGGUCCUUCUACAUUUUCCUAGUAUACUCUCCCACCUGCUGUCAGUGAGGUCACUCGUUCAGUGUGUCACCACCAUAUAGAUUCUAUCAGGUGUCACUUGGUGUUAUAGAGUGGAUUGUGGAUGAAAUGUCUAAGGGGAUGGGUGUCUUUUCCCCUUUUAGAGAUGACUGUUUACUUUCUAAAGUGACUGCUCUCUCCAUACCCAGAAUGUGCUUUUUUCUGGUGCCUUGUUCUCAGCCCUGCUUUCUGUAGAGCCAGCCUGGCCGGGGCUUCAUAAACAACUUUCCCUUGCCGUCCGCUCUCAGUCCUCUAUAUUCCAUGCCACUUUUGCCUUAUGCACAGGUUUAAUGCACUAGUAAUUAGAAAGCAUAGAAAGCAGCUUUGGGGAAGUUUAGCUGUGUUUUAAUCAUGUUUGGAGUGCAUGUAAGUAGAAAGUAGAUCAUGUUUCAACAUAGAACUUGGACAGAAUGACCAAUGUCAGAUUUCAGAUGGUGUAUUCUGAAGCCUUACAGAGUUGUUUUGUAGCUGAAUAAUGCUUGUGAUUAUCUUGAAUAGAGAUGAGUUAGGUGCCCUUCCUAUGAGCUUUGGGGGCUGGGAGUCAGUCUUUUUCCUUUUUAAUACAUGUAUUGCAUUCUUCUGAUUCACUAUCUUUAGAAACAAGAUUUUUUUUUAAAAAGCAAUAUUUUAAAAAAAGGCUAGGCUGUGUGAAUGUUCUGUGUAUCAUCAUUACAGCCCUGGGAUGUGUUGUGAGUGCCGUCAAAGCUCGAGAUAGGCUCAAAGCAGCCAACAGGUCUACCCUAAGUCUCACCAAGACAGUGGGUUCUGCUUUGCCUUGAGCAACGUUCAAAAUGUAGGCUUUUGCUGGGGCCUAGAAAUUGAAUAUAAAACUCACUUCACCAUGGCCUACUCCAUUUUGGAUUAGCAUCCAUGUGAUAAAGUGAAAAUAAUUUUGAGCGUUUUGCUUUUGGAAGAAAAAUAGUGUCUCCCCAGAAUUGCUUUGUUUGAGGGAAAUACAGCUGUCUUAAACUGGAA